UUCACCAGAGACGAUAACAUAACAUGGUGUCUGUUAGCUAGCUAGCUAGCUAACAGCAGCUAGCACACAGCUAGCUUUGGAGUGGUGUUUACCAGAACAUUCUAACAACGUAUCAUGCUAGCACCCACUCGUGUUGACUGGCGUCGAAGCUCGUUGUUUAUCGUGCAUCGUGGCGUGGACAUGAAAGUGAGGCGAUUCCAGAUCAUUCGUGGCUUAACUAGUAUGCGAUGAGGUCCACGUGUAAAUCGCAUAUCCAUGCAUGAGAGACACUUUAUGAUCAACCAGUUGGAGGCAGACCUGCUGGAGCUGGGGUCGCUCUUGGGCAAAUCCGAGCAGAAACGAGUGCAGGAACUGCUGAAACAGGAGCAGAAGAAGGUGGAGAAGGAGCUUGCGGUCAAACGACAACAAAAGGAGCAACAGGCCCGGAGACAAGCGGACCCGUCUGCAGCCUCUAAAGCAGCGUACACAGUCAAGAUCACCAACUAUGCUUGGGACCAGUCGGAGAAAUAUGUCAAAAUUUACCUUACGCUGAAGGAUGUGCACAAACUUCCAUCAGAAAAUGUGGAGGUCAGCUUUACAGACAGGUCAUUUUCUAUUCUGGUAAAGGAUCUAGGUGGGAAAAACCAUCAGAUGACAGUUCUCAAUCUGUUAUAUCCCAUCGAUGAAAAGGAGAGCGACAAAAAGAUAAAAACAGACAUGGUCCUGGUCAUGUGCAAAAAGCAGACAACAAAGAAGUGGGAGUACCUAACAAAGGCGGAAAAGCAGUCUAAAGACAAAGAGAAACCCAACGUGGAAGCGAAUGCAGACCCCAGCGAUGGCCUGAUGAGCAUGCUGAAGAAGAUAUAUUCAGAGGGCGACGACGAGAUGAAGAGAACCAUCAACAAAGCCUGGUCAGAGUCCCAGGAGAAGAAAAUCCGAGGGGAAGACAUGAUGGACAUCUAAAUUGCACUCACUGCUUUUUCCCAAGCAAAAAUAAGUGCGAUCUUCCAGGGCUGCAGUGGACACGACUUGAAUAUUAAAAGUGAAGUCCUAGUAUAUAGAUUACAUUUCCACUAUAUAUAGAAAUUUGGUAUAGAGCUCAUAAAUAAGGUGUCAAGCACUAAAACGGCAAGAAUUCACACCUGUUCAUCAUGUCGUCUGUAAAGUAGACAAUAUAAAUGUCUGUCACUAGUACAUGAUUUGAAUUGGACUGAGGUAAUUGAAAAAUGUCUGACGUGUUCUGUAAAGGGACUUGUUAAUAAUCUUCCCGUGCACAUUCUUGCAGCUAAGCUAAACUGAUAUUUUAGGAUGUUUUCAGGUGUACAUUUGCCAAAGUCACACUCACAUUCCUUAAAUGAAGACAACCAGGGGGCUCCUCAGACUGUGUCGUCAUAUCUGCAUUUCACCAUCCAGUUUAAUAAUUUGCAUUACAGUGUGUUUAUUUUCACUCCUCUUACCCAGUCUAAUGCUCUCAACCAUUCUCUUUAAUUCCCUAAUAUAUCUGUUGCCUUCUUAUAGUUAUGGACCGUUUCCUACUUCGAUUUUCCAUUCAUGCUUCAACUGUUCACGUUGUGAUUUUCCUUCAAAGGUUUGUGAAUAUGUUAAAAAAACACCAAUUCUAAUCAUAUUUUUCUUUGGCUGUUGUCAUCGUGUUACACGUGUUGUUGCCCGCCCUCAGGUUGUUGAUGCAGUUCUCAAACAAAUACAACUUUUGAACUGAGA